GACGUCACGGGGAGCUGUUCGUAGCCGUGCGGUGCUGAAGUAGACGACUCUCCUUCGCCUCCGCCUCUCCCCCCUCAGUCGCCUUCAGCCUCGGCGCCUCGCAGCUCCGCGGCCCGUCGGCCGCCCCCCCGUGGAUUUCCCCCCCCGGCUCCAAAGACCCGCUUCGUCCCGCUGCCCGGAGAGCGCGAGGCCGAUUGACGGCGAAAGCGGCGUUUCGCGCAUCACGCGAAAGCCCACGCGAGGAGGGAGAGAGAUUUACCACAAGGGCUCUUUUGCAUGAACGCCUGAGAUCAGAACAGCAAGUCAAUAUGCUACAGAAAGCUUCUCUCGUGUUACUUCAGUGUGAUCACCUCGGACUCAGAUGAUUGACUCUGCUCGCUCUCGUCGGUCAGCUGUGAUUUUCCACCCAUUUUUUGCUGCCACAGCUCACUUCCUGCAGGUCCUAAGGACAAGGAGAUGCUCAGCGGCCGGAGGAAGUUUCACGGCCGCUCCCUCUGGAGGCCACUGGAGGCCUCGCUGGCGUAGACUCUUCAUCAACAGAGGCGGUCUUGUGAUGGAAACCUCCUACUUGCCGGCCGCGCUCCUUCACCCCCCCUCGUACGAGGUGUAAUUGCUGAGGGAGGGGAGUUGAUACUAAGACACGCUUGUCUGUGAAAAAAUCCUCCCCAAAUCAUGUAGUGUACCCACUCCGAGGAGGGGAGAGCUUCUACAUUUCAGUGGGAGUUCUUAAUAUAUUCAUUCACACUCUGGAACAGAUUGGCCUUUGCUUGUUGGCACAGUGCAUGUGGAUGAAGGUUUGAGGGUUUGAGAAAGCGACAAGAGAGCAGAAGAAAGAGGGAGGAAGGAAAGGAAAGAGAUGGUCCUCCACGCCACCCCUUACUCCGGGGCCUGUCUGCACUUCCUGGAUGGCUUGUCGUGGAGCCUGGUGUUCCCCUGCUAUUGGCUCCUGGACCAGCUCCUGGCCUCGUGCGUGGCCACGUCGCUGGAGAAGCGCCGGCGCUCCCGGGACCCGUGCUCCUUCCUCACCCUGUGCGUGCUGGUCUCUGCGCCGCUUUACCUCCUCCUCCUCCUCGCCUCCCUACCUUUGGCCCUGCUGGGCUUCGUCAUCUGGGCUCCCCUGCAGGCCGUCCGCCAGCCUUACCUGUACACCCACCGCAGGCACAACAAACACCAGGCCGAGCAGGGCCAGGCCGGGCCGGGAGGGGUUGGCCUCGGGGAAUGGAGACCACAGGGCAGAAGCUUCUGUUUUUGCAGUGCCAACGUGUGCCUGCUGCCCGAUUCCCUCGCCAGGUUCAACAACCUGUCGGACACGCACAGGAGAGCGCGGGAGGUUGGGAAGAGGAUCCGCAAUGGUGCCAGUCGGCCUCAGAUUAAGAUCUACAUUGACUCCCCGACCAACACGUCCAUCAGCGCGGCGUCCUUCAGCAGCCUCGCCACGGGCUUCCGCCGCACCUCCUCUCUGGACCAUCGUCCAGACCAAACACACACCACUAACGGCCCGGCCGACCCCGAAACCGAACCGCUCACCGAGUGUCCAAUUCACCCCUCGGGGGCGGCCGACUGCCCCGUGCAUCCCUCUGCAGGAGAGCAGGGUACCUCUGAAUGCCCCCUCCACCCGGACGGAGGAGACACGACAGCGGACUGUCCCCUCCACACGGCGGGGACCAAAGGCAGCUCCGACUGUCCCCUUCCCACCUCGGGAGAGACUCCAGACUGCCCCCUUCAUUCCACGGGGGCUCAAGGUGGUCAAGACCAUCAUGACUGUCCCGUGCAUGGGGACGUUGCCCAGACGAAACCCUCCUCAGACUGCCCACUCCACGCCUCAGCGGUCCAGAUCAGCAUCAGCGCCCCAGAGCCGGAACCAGAGGAAAAGGAGGCCGAAACAGGAAACCAUCGGCCCGGGGAGCAGGCGGGGGGUGACACGGGCAGUAUGACGGCCUCCAGGGAAUCCCUGGCUCGUUACCACGGUGGCGACGGUGGCGUUGGCAUAUGCUCCAACAACACUCUUUCACAUGUCCCCCGCACGUCAAUCUUCAAGCGCCCGGGGAGAAAACGCCGCCACGGAGAUGAGACAUUCGACCAUGACAUCUCUGCCUUUUUCCCCGCCAACUUGGAUUUCCUGGCUCUACAGGAAGUGUUUGACCACGGGUCGACGACCAGACUGCGGCACCAGCUGCACCGCUACUUCCCUUACGUGCUGAGCGACGUCGGCCGGUACGGCUGGAAGGGGUGCUGCUCAAGGUUCAAGUUCCUGAACAGUGGGCUGAUGCUGGCGAGCCACUACCCGAUCCUGGAUGCGCGGUUUGAGUGUUACCCCAACGGGAGAGGGGAGGACGCGCUGGCGGCCAAGGGCGCGCUGUUUGCCAAGGUCCACGUGGGCACCUCCCACCAGGAGCAGAGGGUCGUGGGAUACCUCACCUGUACGCACCUCCACGCCAUAGAAGGGGAUGCCUCCGUGCGCUGCGAACAGCUGGACCUGUUGCUCCAGUGGGGGGCCCAGUUCCGCCAAUCCUCGUCCCGCCCGGCCGAAGGAGAGAAGGUGCCGGAAGACCUGGUGGCCUUUGACGUCGUCCUGGGGGACCUCAACUUCGAUAACUGCUCUUCAGAGGACAAGCUGGAGCAGCAGCACGCACUUUUUACUCAAUACAAGGACCCAUGUCGCCUGGGGCCGGGGGAGGACAAGCCAUGGGCCCUGGGGACUCUGCUGGACCCCGGCGGCCUCUACGACGACGAGGUCAGCUCGCCGGAAAGUUUACAAAAAGUGAUGGAGAACGAGGACGCGAGAAAAGAGUACCUGGUGUUUCCUCCCAGUAAGAGCCAGUGUCCCGGCAGCAGUCAGAAGGGGAGGAAGAUCCCACUGAAGGGAAACGGCCGGCGGAUCGACUACAUGCUGUACAGCGACGAGGGCCUGCAGCCGGACUGGAAGCUGGAAAUCGAGGAGUUCAGCUUCGUCACCCAGCUGGCCGGCCUCACCGACCACCUGUCUGUGGCCAUGCGUCUGGCUGUUUCCACAGGGGAAGAGGAGCCUUAGAUUGACAACGUGAACCUCUGAAAGUAAAUACUGCCACGGAGGAGUCAGGCGACCCGCGAGAGGAGAGGACAAGUUUACAGAUGUGCUUGAAAGGGAGAGCGAGAGAGAGAGCAAAUUCUGCAAGAAGGUUGAAGGGGAGAGCGAAAUGGGUGAUGUGAAAGAGGAAGACUCUGGAGGGGAGAGAUGAGCAGGGGCAUUCGGUUCAGACAGCCCGAAAGAUAUUCAUCUUCCUGGGUAAUCCAUCCACACAAACACACACACCCCCAGUGAUACCAUUUCUAACACACAAACACAAUCGAUAAACACUUUGACGGCUGAAUAUUCCCCCGACUCUCCGCUCUUCUCCUCCGACACUCCAUGUUGAACUCAAUCCAAGGUGGGGGGGGUUUAUUUACAUUCAUUUCUUUUUAUGUAGCCUAUUUAAACGUAUUCCUUUUAUUUCAGCCCAAAUGUAAGAAUGGUUCUUUUUCUUUGUUAUUAUUCUACUUUCAGGGACCGUUGUGUAAAAGGCAAACGCCAUCAUUUAAGCGAAGAGUCGGGCGUUCGGCUACUGACCUGUUUUUGUGCUCCUUGCUCAAUGGCUGUUGGUCAGUGACCUUACUGCUCCCACGCCGGUCCCAGGAACCUCAACAAGUGUCUUCUUUUCUAAAAAAAAAAAACUAAACAAAACUAGUCUUUCUAAAAAGGAGAAAAACCACACGUUACAGUUUCUAUUGUCGCCACACCACUUUUUAUAGGAAGUUUAAAUGCCUGUUUAAUACUCUAUGAUAUGUUUAUAAAAAAAAAAAAAGGUUAUUGUAUAAGGGAACAUGAAAUUGGAGAAGAAGUUGCUUGUUCAAUGCAUCGCGACGUUUUUAGCAUGCGUUUUAGCCAUGACGGGAGGAAACGAGACAUUGGUUUUGCGUGAUAGUAGAGGAGGCUUUGCGGAUGCAUGACGGGAAACGUGAUCAGUUUACAACAAUAACAUAGCGUCUUGAUAUACUUGCCUGCGGACGAGUGAAGAGGUACACACUUACCGUAUCCCGGUGUGACAUUUGUGCAUGCGAGACUCACAAACGUGCGCGCGUAACAAUUCUGAACACCCUACAGCGAAACAGGGGCGAGCCUCAGCCGAUGUUACGCGCCCCCCUAGUGGCCAUUUUCGAGGUCCCCAAACGACAUCUUUGAGGUUGUCAGCUCGUUAACGAACCAAUGUAGCCAUAUUGUGACGCAACUGCAAAACCUCAUGACACAGAAAGAUUUGGACAACAUUAUGCCAAGUUUGCGCAAAAACAUUUUCACAAUAUACAAAGUAAAGAGAUGCAAGGAGAAGAGAUACGAGGGUUUCGUGGGACAACAUUUGAGAACAACUAGAUAUGUAUAGAUGAAAACACAAUAAGUCUGAUAUUCCUAAUUAAGGGAAGAUUCAAGCUCGCUGUGAAAAAAAUCCCGUCAUACUGUUUUACCCGGAAAGCUGUCGAGGAUUACGGAAAGUGAAUUUACUAAAGCAGCCGUUUUCCGUCAAGGAAGUCUUGUGUGUAUUGUUUAGUAUAUCUUAGUCUGAUUAUUUAUUACUUCAACAAAUCCUGAAAUUUUCCAUGUCACAUUUUUUCCGCAUGUCAGAGAAUAAUUAAACAAAGUACUUACCGUUGUUACUUUUGAAAUUACACCAAAGUCAUUCCACUCGUAUAGAAAAUAAAUGGUAUUUAUGGACGCACUGCAUCUGUAUUAUUAGUAUGUCAUCCAGAACAGCCCACUAAUAGACAAAGUACAAGUUAUUGAAUGCAGACAUAGCAUGAAGUAGGACAAUGCAACACACCUUUCAGUGUGUUCGGAUUGUAAGCAAAACAAACUUAAAGGCGUAAACAGAAUAAAACUACGGUUGAAGUUUUGGAAAAGUUGUCUUUUCAGGCUACGUAUGUUGCCCGCUAACGCAACUACCGCUAACGUCUGAUCCGCUAUAAUUCAAACUAAACUAAUUGCAUUAAGUCUAAACACACCUUCAGAUUUCUGUCUCCCCCACUUGUCUAUUGACUACUUUAUCAACUCACUGCUUCUGCUGCUGAUUGGCAACAAUGUGCUUUACACCAAUGCUAAUGUAGCGUAGCAAUCACGUUGGAAUUCAACUCCCAAUCGGUAACAGACAUGGUGUUACCAUUUAAUCAAUCAGCAGUCAUCUAACGUAAGUAAUCUGCAUUAAAAGAAAAACUGCAGCAAGAAUAUUUCAUGAAAAAUCCCUUUUUUGUCAUAAUAAAGUUAUGAAACGUUACCAAACUGCAGCUUUAAUGUAAGCUUGCUAACGUUAGUCACAACAAGCUACUGAUCAUACCAGACCAAAGAAGGCUGCAAAAACCUUGAACUUAAUUGAAUUUGAUUUGUUUUUAUCAAAGCCAAUUUCUGCUUAUAAUUUGCCAUAGGAGGGGUGUUUUAUUUCUUAAUUAAAAAUGUUUAGAAGAUUAAUUUGUGUUAGCGCUGAUGGUGACCUCCGUGUCGCUCAACACCAUGCAUGCUAACGUGCUAGCAUGGAUCUCCAGAAUGAGAAGGUGAGACGGGUCCCUGAAAACACAUGGACCAUGUUUGAGGAACAUCAGGCAACGUGGGACACCUGCAGACUCGCGCUGUACAUAAUUCUUUUGGAGAUGUAUGUGGAAAAUCACUCAUGUAAAAAAGCCGUAUUUCCCCUGAAUAAAACAUGCAUUACAGUAACACUUUAGGUUUCCAAACACUGAUUGAUUUCCAUGGUCUGCACGGUUUACGUUUACAUCAGCAAUCCAGAGGAGCUUCAAUGCAUGUGUGUGUCUGUGUGUGUUCAGGCAGCUCAUUUAUGUUAUAUCAAUUUUCUCAAUAAAAAAUGUUUGAAUCUGU